AUGGCGAAGAGGCUGCUCCCGUCGCUGAACCGGGUGCUGGUGGAGAAGCUGGUGCAGCCCAAGAAGACCGCCGGCGGCAUCCUCCUCCCGGAAGCAUCCAAGCAGCUGAAUGCUGCUAAAGUGGUGUCUGUUGGCCCUGGUGAGCGUGACAAGGCAGGCAAUCUGAUCCCAGUUGCUCUGAAGGAAGGCGACACUGUUCUUCUGCCUGAGUAUGGUGGAACUGAAGUCAAGCUUGCGACUGAUAAAGAGUUAGUGAACCGUUCUCUGUGCUUGAAAACGUUGCUGUGCUAUACUACUAUUGCCUGA